UAGAGGGCGCAUUUGACGCAGAUAUUGGUACAAACUCUCUGCUAACCUAUAAACUCAGCCCAAAUGAACAUUACACUCUAGACUUGCAAAUGAAAAAUAAUCAAAUCACAUCUGCCGAUAUAGUUUUAAAGAAAGCACUGGAUAGAGAAGAAGCCUCGGUGCAUCAUAUAUUACUCACUGCCACUGAUGGGGGUAAACCGGAGCUCACCGGCACAGUUCAGCUGGUGAUCACUGUCCUGGAUGCCAAUGAUAAUGAGCCUGUAUUUAAUAAGUCAGUCUACGAAAUAAAAUUAUUGGAAAAUACAGCUAAUGGUGUAUUGGUAAUGACUCUCAACGCCACAGAUUUGGAUGAGGGAACUAAUAAGGAUAUUUCCUAUUCUUUCAUUAGUCAUCUUCCCCCUAAUGGAAGAGACUUGUUCAGUAUAAAUUCAGAUACUGGUGAGAUCAGAGUUAAAGGAAAAAUUGAUUUUGAAGCACACAAUAUAUAUGAAAUUCGAGUUGAGGCGAAGGAUAAGGGGAAUCCCCCACUGGCUGGACACUGCAAAAUUGUGGUGGAAGUUUUAGACAUGAACGACAACGCUCCAGAAAUAACAGUCUCUUCUCAAUCUCUGCCGGUUCCGGAGGACGCUCCCCCGGGGACAGUGGUGGCUCUUAUUAGCGUCUCUGACCGGGACUCGGGAGACAACGGCAAAGUCACCUGCUCCAUCCCCCCGAACCUGCCCUUUCGGCUCGUCUCCACCUUUAAGAAUUAUCACUCGCUGGUGCUAGCGGAGGCGGUGGAUCGGGAGCGAGUGUCUGAAUAUAAGAUCGUGGUGACAGCCAGAGACGAAGGGGCCCCGUCUCUCUCGGCCAGCAGCAGCAUUUUGGUGGCGAUCUCGGAUGUGAACGAUAACGCCCCCGCUUUCCCUCAGCCCGUUUACACGGUGUUUGUGAAGGAAAACAACCCGCCCGGGGCCCAUCUCUUGACCGUGUCUGCCUCGGACCCGGACCUGCGGGAAAACGCCUUUGUGAGCUACUCGGUGGUGGAGCGAAGUGUGGGAGAGCAGCCCCUGUCCAGCUACAUCUCGGUGCACUCGGAGAGCGGGCACAUCUAUGCCCUGCAGCCCUUGGACUACGAGGAGCUGCAAGUGCUGCAGUUCCAGGUGAGCGCGAGGGACGCCGGGUUGCCGUCGCUGUGCGGGAACGUGACUGUGCAGCUCUUUGUCCUGGAUGCAAAUGACAACGCUCCCGCAGUGUCCCCGGCUGGCUCGGUCCGCGGCUCGCCAGGGCCCGAGCUGGUUCCGCUGUCGGCCGGCGCAGGGCACGUGGUGGGCAAGAUCCGAGCGGUGGAUGCGGAUUCCGGCUACAACGCGUGGCUUCGCUACGAAGUGCAGGAGCCCGGGGCUGCGGGGCCUUUCCGGGUGGGUAUGUACAGCGGGGAGAUCAGCACGACACGGGCCUUGGAGGAGGCGGACGGCCCCAGCCAGAGACUCGUGAUCCUGGUGAAGGACCAUGGGGAGCCGGCGUUGUCCGCGACAGCCACUGUCAGCCUGUCCCUGGUGGAGAGUCCCCAGGCUGUGAAAUGGGACUCGAGGCCAAGGGGCGGGAGCGAAGGGCCCUUGGUUGACAUGAACGUGUCUUUAAUGAUCGCCAUUUGCUCGGUGUCCGGGCUGUUUGUGCUGGUGAUUUUCCUGUACGUUGGCCUGAGAUGCCACCCUCGUCCGGAAGUGAUGUGCGGGCCUGGGAAAGCCACCGUGGUGUGCGCGAGCGAAGUGGGGAGUUGGUCCUAUUCCCAGCGCCAGAACCGGAACUGUAUAUAGGGGAAGACACCGCCAAGAAUGAUCUCAUGGUUUUCAGCCCCAACUUCCCUCACUCUUUGGAAAAUGGGGAGGAGAAACGGCAGGAGGUCAACCCAAAUGAUGCAGGACAGCAUAGGAACUGCCUUACUGGAUCACACCAAUGACUGUUACUGUAGCAUGCUAGUAGAUGUCUUGAAGAAGAUGUAA